UAACUCUCAGUCGGGCCUUAAAUCCAGCUUAAUUUGACACGGCCUCGGUGCAUCUGUUUCUAUUCGGGGUGCCUGUCUUAUUUUUUUUUUUCCCCUUCUAUUUUUCUCUUUUUAUUUUUUUUAACCAUUCUGUUAAUUUUACCUUGCUUGUCCCUUUUCUGACGUCGCUCUGGUAGUAGUCUUCGUCAAUUGUCUAUCCAACCGUCGUCGAACCCUCUCCGCCGUGGUUGUUCGUAGCGCUUACUUUCUUUUGCAACUAAAACCCAUUAGGGCUGUACUUUUCGUUGUGGAAUAUCUCACUAUAUUCCCUCCUUUUCUUUGCGCAGUUAACGCCAAAGCGCGCCGGCUUUCUCGCUCGAGCCCGACACCCCUGAAUUCAUUAGUUGUUCUUUGAUCGCACGUUCUUCGGCUACGCGACUGAGACCAACCGGUCGAGUUCAAAGUGUUGCCAUUAUGUCGAGACCUCGGAUUGUUCGAGCUGAUACGCUUGACUUGCAGGAUCAGAACGCACCUUCGGCAAAAGAUCAUACGACCCAGAACGUAAACCCGGCUCCUCUCGAUGGUGGCAUGGCUCCCCACCAAGAAUUGUCGAUUCGCCAUGCAGACCAAGAUACACGCGCUGAAAUCAUGCACGGGCCAACUGGCGAGACCGAUGGCUACGGUGAUGGUAUUGAUAUGUAUGAUGAUGACGAGGAUCCCGAUGAGCGCCAUCAUGAUUUGGGCGGAGGGUCUUCCGAGGAUGGCGAUCUUACAGAUGGGGAAGGUGAUGAUCUUAUGGACGAUGAUAUGGAUAAGAUCUCAAGUUCCCCGUCAAUUGAUGAUGAGGAUAUCGAUUUCGAAUUUGUAUAUGCGCUUCAUAACUUCGUCGCUACUGUGGAAGGACAAGCCAAUGCAGCAAAGGGAGACACUAUGGUUCUCCUUGACGACAGCAAUACCUACUGGUGGCUUGUGCGGAUUGUGAAAGACGGCAGUAUCGGAUAUCUCCCAGCAGAACACAUCGAAACACCCACCGAAAGAUUAGCAAGGUUAAAUAAGCAUAGAAACGUCGAUCUUUCUGCGACAAUGCUUGGCGACAACUCAGAGAAAUCCAAGAAUCCGUUGAAGAAGGCAAUGCGCCGUAGGAAUACGAAAAACGUUGCUUUUGCUGCCCCUACAUACAUCGAAGCAUCUGACGUCGAGUAUUCCACCGAGGACGAGGACGAUGGCGGAGGUUUCUACAUUGACGACGAGGAUAUAGCAGAAACAGAUGAUAUUGAAGAACGCCACGACGAAGACAUAAUAGUCGAACCUCUCAGACCGAAGUCGCAGCGAGAGAAAGAGGCACAGGAACCAGAGACCGUUCGAGAGAGCCAGGAAACAGAGCGUCAGAGCCCGGAACCGAGGCAAUCCGCUGAGGAAGCCAUGGAAUCAGAGGGUGGUACCGUCAGCAGGUCCAGAAAUGGCACUGUGCGGAACACGGAUUCAUUCUUCAAGGACGACACGGCCGAACCGAAGAAGAUAUCAUUGACACCUAAUCUUCUGCGUGAUGAAGGAAAUAGGGCUGCCAAUAGUGAGAGCAAAGAGGACCGUAGUAGUAUGGAGGCAAUUGAAAAGGUGCUUGCCGCCGAUGACAAGAAAGAGGAUAAGAAGCGGAAAGAGAAGAAACCGGGGAUGCUCAGUGGACUGUUUAAAAGAAAAGACAAGAAGAACAAGGCGCCUGAGAAUGAGGGCGAGGAGCAGGAGAAACUUUCGUCGGAAACUUCACGGUCACCAAAAGCGUCUCUGGACUCAGUGUCGUCUCCCGAAGGUCGAUCACCGAACAAUGGCAAGCUCCAAAAACAGCCACCUGGGUCUAUAUCUCCUACGAAGAGGGAUCCUCAGUAUGAAUCAGCCGCCCAGGAUGCUACGAGGGCUGUUCAAGGGGCAACAUCGACAACGAAAGGAAGUCAAUGGAUUAGACAGGUGGUACCUGAAGAGGAAGAAGAUGAUGAUGAAGAUGAAGAGCCUGUCCAGUCUCCUCGCUCGAGAUCUUCAGAGGAUACUCGGGAAACUGUGUCAUCACCUCAGAGUACAUCAAGUCCUAUCAAGCAGACUUCCCCUCCUGUGCAGUCUCGCAGCAUUGAUGCCGUAGCUUCACCUAUUGAGGCGAACAAUAGACUCUGGCAAGACGCAUUUGGGGAAAAGGCAUCAAUCCAACAACAGCCAAUUACAUCUCCUCCCAAGAGAAUCCCAUCCACACAAAACCUGGGCCCCCAAAACCGAGGUCUAGAGUCACCUAUUGAUGUGUCGCCAAUUGACCAUCAAGCUCCCAGUGGUGCACCAGGGCUCAUUUUCGAUUUGUCGCCCGGGAAGCGCUCCGACUCUCCAAUUUCCCCGCCUUUGUCUCCAGGUGCCGAUACCAACGGUCAGAACACCGACGACGCGCGUUCUGCCACGUCUCCUCAGAACCCAACUUGGAGCGAUGCCAGCUUGCGAUCCUAUUUGGAUGAUGAUAAUGAUAUUCGUGACUUGUUUAUCAUUGUUCAUGACAAGUCUAAUGUUCCCCCGGCGGGACCUGAUCAUCCGAUAACAGGAAGUCUAUUCAAGGAGGAGAGCAAAAGACUGAGAGAGAUGACCGGUAGACUUGACGGGAUGCUGGCUGAAUGGGUAGGCCGCAAGUCGCAGAGUCAAAUGGUCGACCGUGUCUAAAAAUCUUGAUCUAUAAACAUUUGCAUACUGAUCUGUUCGCAUAUUUCAACCGCCAUAUAUAUUGGUUCGACGACAGCCAAUACAUACGCCUAUGUUAUUAGUUAGCAGCUUAUAUGUGCUGGACGCAUAGACUGUCUUUAAUUUUUCCUUGAUCGAUCCUCUGUUGAUUGGAGUUUUCCUUCGUUUCUCUUAUCCUCUCCUUUUGUGUACUAUCUAUCUCUCAUGUUCUUUUUAUUUUAUUUUGUUUUUCUCUUUUCAAGCUCUACAGCCUGUUCUGUUAUAUAAAGUCCUGUGCUGUUUAGUUUUUGUCUGACUUAUUGUAUGUUAUUCAUUUCGACUGGGAUACCCCAAGGCAAAUACAGU